AUGGAGAUUCAGAUACAGGCCAUAGUGCUCUGUUGGCUCAGCUCGCCUCUCCCCCGCCUGGAGCUCGCCUGGAGCUCGCCUCUCCCCCGCCUGGAGCUCGCCUGGAGCUCGCCUCUCCCCCGCCUGGAGCUCGCCUCUCCCCGCCUGGAGCUCGCCUCUCCCCGCCUGGAGCUCGCCUCUCCCCGCCUGGAGCUCGCCUCUCCCCCGCCUGGAGCUCGCCUGGAGCUCGCCUCUCCCCCGCCUGGAGCUCGCCUGAAGCUCGCCUCUCCCCCGCCUGGAGCUCGCCUGAAGCUCGCCUCUCCCCCGCCUGGAGCUCGCCUGGAGCUCGCCUCUCCCCCGCCUGGAGCUCGCCUGGAGCUCGCCUCUCCCCCGUCUGGAGCUCGCCUCUCCCCCGCCUGGAGCUCGCCUCUCCCCCGCCUGGAGCUCGCCUCUCCCCCGCCUGGAGCUCGCCUCUCCCCCGCCUGGAGCUCGCCUGGAGCUCGCCUCUCCCCCGCCUGGAGCUCGCCUGGAGCUCGCCUCUCGCCCGCCUGGAGCUCGCCUGGAGCUCGCCUCUCGCCCGCCUGGAGCUCGCCUGGAGCUCGCCUCUCGCCCGCCUGGAGCCCGCCUGGAGCUCGCCCUGGAGCCCGCCUGAAGCUCGCCUCCCCCCCGCCUGGAGCUCGCCUCCCCCCCGCCUGGAGCUCGCCUCCCCCCCGCCUGGAGCUCGCCUCCCCCCCGCCUGGAGCUCGCCUCUCCCCCGCCUGGAGCUCGCCUGGAGCUCGCCUCUCCCCCGCCUGGAGCUCGCCUGGAGCUCGCCUCUCCCCCGCCUGGAGCUCGCCUGAAGCUCGCCUCUCCCCCGCCUGGAGCUCGCCUGGAGCUCGCCUCUCCCCCGCCUGGAGCUCGCCUCUCCCCGCCUGGAGCUCGCCUCUCCCCCGCCUGGAGCUCGCCUCUCCCCCGCCUGGAGCUCGCCUGAAGCUCGCCUCUCCCCCCGCCUGGAGCUCGCCUGGAGCUCGCCUCUCCCCCGCCUGGAGCUCGCCUCUCCCCGCCUGGAGCUCGCCUCUCCCCGCCUGGAGCUCGCCUCCCCCCCGCCUGGAGCUCGCCUCUCCCCCGCCUCUCCCCCGCCUGGAGCUCGCCUGGAGCUCGCCUCUCCCCCGCCUGGAGCUCGCCUGGAGCUCGCCUCUCCCCCGCCUGGAGCUCGCCUCUCCCCCGCCUGGAGCUCGCCUGGAGCUCGCCUCUCCCCCGCCUGGAGCUCGCCUGGAGCUCGCCUCUCCCCCCGCCUGGAGCUCGCCUCUCGCUCGCCUCUCCCCCCGCCUGGAGCUCGCCUCUCGCCCGCCUCUCCCCCGCCUGGAGCUCGCCUCUCGCCCGCCUGGAUCUCGCCUGGAGCUCGCCUCUCGCCCGCCUGGAGGUCGCCUCUCGCCCGCCUGGAGCCCGCCUGGAGCUCGCCUCUCCCCCGCCUGGAGCUCGCCUCCCCCCCGCCUGGAGCUCGGCUCCCCCCCGCCUGGAGCUCGGCUCCCCCCCGCCUGGAGCUCGCCUCCCCCCCGCCUGGAGCUCGCCUCUCCCCCGCCUGGAGCUCGCCUCUCCCCCGCCUGGAGCUCGCCUCCCCCCCCCUGGAGCUCGCCUCCCCCCCGCCUGGAGCUCGCCUCUCCCCCGCCUGGAGCUCGCCUCUCCCCCGCCUGGAGCUCGCCUCCCCCCCGCCUGGAGCUCGCCUCCCCCCCGCCUGGAGCUCGCCUCUCCCCCGCCUGGAGCUCGCCUCUCCCCCGCCUGGAGCUCGCCUCUCCCCCGCCUGGAGCUCGCCUCCCCCCCGCCUGGAGCUCGCCUCUCCCCCGCCUGGAGCUCGCCUCCCCCCCGCCUGGAGCUCGCCUCCCCCCCGCCUGGAGCUCGCCUCUCCCCCGCCUGGAGUUAGCCUCGCUCUCGCUCUGA